AUGCGCCAUCGUCCACCAGUCGACGAUUCCUCUGAGGAGAGCGAGUAUACGGAGUCCAGUGUAGACGACGGUCGCCGAGGGAAGAGAGGGAGGAAACUUCUAGGUACUAAGUUCGCUAGCUCCUUUAGGACGUACUGGAAGGUAUUGCGCCUGGUAUAUAAAAGAGCGACUAGUAACAAGAUUAAUAGCAAAAUAAACCGGAGCAUGCAUAAGGUGCUGAGAAAACUAGUGAAGAAGUACAAGCUAAAGAAGAUAGGGCGAGAUAAGGCCUGCAUAUAUAUAAAGGAUCAGACUAAAGUGCUGCAAACAAACCUUAUAACAACUGAAAAGAGAUAUCCUUACGGACAGUGUAGGAUACAAGCCCAGAUCUACUUACACUUUAGUAGUUUUACGGCGAAUCGGCCACAAGCUAUUCUUAAACUCCGCUAUCGACAUAUACAGGUUACCCUACUCCGGGAUCCAGAGGGGGGGCCUUAUCGGGUGUUGCUAGAGUUCACCUUUAAAUUUACUAAGAAGUUCCUUAGGAUAAAGAAUAUAUAA